ACUUCCGUCUCUACUAUGUGAUUCUCGCGUGCUGCGCAUAAUAAUGAAUAUAUUUAAUAGGGUGUCGUGGAUGAUUUCGUGUGUGUGUUUAUGCUUUUGAGGAAUAAUCUCGUUAGGAAUUGUGGUAACAUUGACUAUGACAUUUUUUCCAAAGUCUACCAAAGUUACAAUCUUCGUUAUUAUUGGAGUUGCAGUUGUUUGCAAAUGUAAUUCAACUGGGAACACCAAUAACAUAAAUAAAACAGAAACCAAAUCCCGCCAAACUACUCUAGGUGAAGUGAAAUCUGAAGUUGUGGACACCUUAGCGAAUUUGGCAUUGGAGAUUUUGAACAAAGAUAAUGAAGAAUCUGUUUAUUUGGUUCAGAACCCAAUAUAUCCACAAUCCUACAUUCAACCGCUACUGCCUCAAAUACAACAACCAUCACCACCUAAACCACUUCUCCAGUUUCAACAGCAAAUAGCUGUACCCGUCGGAGAAGUUAUUGUACCUGAUGGGACAUAUCAGAAAGCAGACAAAGCAAUAUAUAUCCCAUUGAAUCCAAUAAAUCAAGGCCAAGUAACUGCAUCGUCCAAGUAAUUAUUGAACUAGUUUUAUAACUCAAGAAACUGUAGUCCUGUUAAUGACUUUUUACAAUAGUCAAAUAAAAAUUUGUAAAAAUAUGUUUUAUACAUAUAAAUCAAACAUUUCAAUUAUUCAUUUAAGCAACUACUAUGAAUUGUACCUUAUUUAAAUAAAUGUUAAAGCCAAAAACAUUUUGCAGUUCUUAAUUACGUAUUUAACUCAACUAUUGCGUGUAGUUUACAUUAAAUAAAUAAAUAAAUAAAUAGUAA